GCCGAGGCGACGGGGCGAGUCCCGGCGCCGGCAGGACGCCCUCCUCUUCCUCAAUAACAUCUCCCUGGACGGGCGGCCCCCCAGCCGCCUCCCCCCCUCCAGGCAGCCCUCCGAGGAGGCGGCUACUGGGGAGCCUCCCAACGGGCCCCCGGCCCUGCUCCUGCACCUGCCCAGAGACAGCCCCGGCCCCACUCCGCCCGCCGACCCUCCCGGGGGCCGGCCCAGCGCCUUCCUGCCUCAGUUUCCCCAGCUGCUGCUGGGCUCCCCGCCCCCUGCCCCCAAUGGACCGCCCGGGGUGGGGGGCAGGGGCGCUCCCCCCGCUCCGCAGGGGCUCCUCAGCCCCACCCAGCCCGGCCCGGCCUUCACCCUGGAGGUCCAGCGACAGAGAAGGCGUUUUAUCUCCCAGCGCUGCUCUCUAGAAUUUUUAGAAGACAUAGUGGAAUAUGCCACUGUACAAAGAACCAAACAUUUAUCGGGAUCGCCACGGCAUAAAAGCUUGAAGAAGACUCAUUUCAUUAAGAAUAUGAGGCAGUAUGAUACAAAAAACAGCAGGAUUGUACUGAUUUGUGCUAAAAGAUCUUUGUGUGCAGCUUUUUCAAUCUUGCCUUAUGGAGAAAACAUACGAAUCAGUGACCUGAAGGUGGAAAUCCAGAAACAACGGCAUCCUUCGGGUGGAGUUUCAGUUUCUUCUGAGAUGGUCUUUGAAUUAGAAGGGGUAGAGCUUGGUGCUGAUGGAAAGGUGGUUUCUUAUGCAAAGUUCUUGUAUCCAACCAACGCUCUUGUUGCACUCAAAAGUGAAAAUCAUGGGGCCGUGUCUCAGUGUCGAUCCAGUGUUCCACGGACCCUGCCUGGAUCAAGAUAUAAAUCCUUAACAGCUAAGACCGUGCCAACAGGCACAGAACUAGGAAGCGAAAUGGGAGAAUCAAUAGAGUAUAAUCCAAAUCUCCUUGAGGAUCCUCACUGGCCCUGUGGAAAACACAAACGUGUUCUCAUCUUUGCAUCUUACAUGACCACAGUAAUAGAAUACGUGAAACCCUCGGAUCUUAAAAAGGACAUGAACGAAACUUUUAAAGAGAAGUUUCCUCACAUCAAGCUGACCUUGAGCAAAAUUAGAAGCUUAAAACGAGAAAUGAGGAACCUCUCUGAAGAAUGCAGUCUGGAACCAGUCACAGUGUCGAUGGCUUACGUUUACUUCGAGAAGCUCGUCUUACAAGGCAAACUCAACAAACAGAACCGCAAACUCUGUGCUGGUGCUUGUGUGCUGCUCGCCGCGAAGAUCAGCAGUGAUCUCAGGAAAAAUGAAGUGAAACAGCUUAUUGAUAAAUUAGAAGAAAGAUUUCGAUUCAACAGAAGAGACUUAAUUGGAUUUGAAUUCACAGUGCUCGUAGCUUUGGAGCUGGCCCUUUACCUUCCUGAAAACCAAGUUUUACCUCAUUACAGACGUCUCACCCAGCAGUCCUAGCCAAAGCUGCUUUCUAACAGCAGAAAGGCUGACAUCUUUACUUGGCACUUGAUUGGCUGAAUAGUGAAGGCCUUCCCAGCAACAUUUUUGGUGCCACAGUGUGUAUCAUGCCAUAUACCAGGCUGUACCGGGAAUUGAAACCGCAAGUUAAAACGUGCUGCAUUCUCAUCAUCACAUUGCUGGUUUACGGGGAGAACGGGAUUGUUGGCACAAAGGGUGUUUCCUUUGGACACUGAAGCACAAAAUGAUUCACAAAUCAGUUGCUAUUGCAGUUGACUAUUCUUCCUAUGCCUGUUAGGCUUAACUUGAAAAGGCCAGUGAUGUGAACUAUUCCUUUGAAUAGUUCAGAAGAUGUGAAGCUAUUCCUUUUAGAGAUUCUUAACGUUUAUUUACUUUCUCAAAAUGAAAUGUUACUUCCAUUCCAAAAUAUGUGGUGAUGCAGUUCAAAUGGUAUUUCUAAGACCCUCCUUGCAUUCUACAUGAAUGAAAUGCAUACUUUUUUAAAAAAAUUGUGCUUGAAUGUAACUGGUCUGGUACCAGUACAUUAUGUAAUUUAUGUUGCCAAGUUGUAGAUUCUGAAUUUAAAUAUCAUUUUAUCCUUUACCUGAAUUUGCCAUGCAUUUAGGAUAAACAUUUCCAGUAACUGCACUUGCAUUACUAAGGAAAUUUGGAUUCUACAGCUUGGCAAGUUUACUGAAGUUUGACUUAUUUAAACAUCGAUACUUAGAUGAAGAUAUUAAAUUUGAAGUUUGGAUUCAGAAACCAAUCAUCAUGAAAUACACUUGUUAACCAAGAUACCUGUUACCAAGACAAGUGAUUCCACAGGAGGUAAGCAGUAAUACUCAGUUCCUCAAUUAGGGGUUAUGUUCUUGAUCACCUCAUAGUAAGGAAAACCCACAGUAGUGUUCACACGCCUUGAUCAGUGCCAUUCCUUGUAUCAUCACAUUGAAUUUUACCCAGAUAAAUGUGCAUUGCUUGGAGAUUGUUCCCCAAUUCCAUAACGUUCUAUCCAAAAUGAAGUAAAAAAAAAAAAAAACACAUUAUGAAAGAAUUAAAAGUAUGGGCCCAAUAGGGUGAUCAUCCCAGUUACUUAUCUCACGACUCAAAGCAAAGCACCUUUUUAUAUGUAAUAGUAUAUUUUUCUCUUGCCUGCCUGCACCCCCAUAAAGUGUUUUCAGUAUAGUUUUUUUUUUUACCAAAUUAAGCCAAUUUUUUAAAAAUUCUAUUUUUUUACUCAAUUUGUUCUUCUAAGCAUUGUGCCACUGUGAUGGUCUUCUGGAAUUGGUAUUUGUUGCAUACUAAAGUGGACACUCAGAGGUCUUUACUGUACCACUUAUGCCAAUAAUUGAUCCAUCCUUCACCAAUUACCUAAGAACAUUAUUAACUCCAUCAGCAGGCAAAAUGUUUGGAUGAAAUUUUCAACACUUUGAUCCUUUGGGAGUUAUUCGAUUUGUAACUGCUAAGCAAUAUCAUGAUGAAUGGAUGGGGGAAGAUUUUUGUGGCUUGAGACUAUUUUUGGUAAGGAACAAGGAUAAUAGGAUUUUGAUUAAAGGAAUGUGUUGGAGUAAUUGACUACUAAAAUGCCUCUGAGAAAGAGGUCUAGUUGCUUUUCUUACAUUAAGUACUGUAAAUUUCAAUUCCAUGAUUCCAGCUCCGUUACAUGCACUGAGAGAAUGUGCCCAAGGUACCAGCAUCAGAUUAUGAAGACUACUUCUUUGCAAUGGAAAAAGUCCAUGUAGACAUGGACUGGACUUUUUAUUGUACAAGCAGCCAACUUUAUGAUGCUUUCUUCCUAAGCGAGUCUUGAAUGGAUAUAUAUUUAAUUCCAUUACUAUCAAUCCAGUUUUAAAUUUAGUAGCUGUGGAGUAAGUUUUUUGUGUGUGUAACUAGUAUGUAAUUUGUGACCAGUGUUCAGGCUUCAUAAGCUUUUAUCAAGAGUUGUCUAUAACUGUUUUGUCUGCAUGGUCUCCUUUAUCGGGAUGAGCUCUACAAAAUACUCAUAUUUAAGCUUGGCAGUUGAACAUUUAGGAAACUUGGGGUUAUAAAGGCAGUCGUCAUGGGCCAAUUUACUAAACAUGCAAACUCAUGUAGGGGCAAGUGGUCUUCUGUCCCAUGUGUGUAAAUUAACCUUCUAGUAUUGCUCAACCCAAGAACCCUUCAGUCCAGUUUGGCUUAACUCACUUAGCAUAGGCUUUGGCAAGGGCCCCUUAGGGUGUGGGUUAGUACGAACAGUCUCUCCCAAGCUCCUGCCCUGGUGCCCUGCCUCAGUUACCCUUUAAAAGGCAAGAAGUGCAGCACAGAUCCAGUGAGACAGCACUGGUCUCUGUGGGCCCAGAAAUCAGUGGCAGAUGCCUUAAGGAUGUGGCAGUGCAGCCCUUCCCCUGCUCCUUCCCUGUCAAGCACUUAGUACAGUGCUCUGUACACAGUAAGCGCUCAAUAAAUACGAUUGAAUGAAUGAAUGACAGAGGGCCGAGGCCUGCCCUGGAGCACAGCUAGACCUCACUGCCAGUCUGAAGCGCUUGGGAGAGUUCAAUGUAACUGUUGAUACACCAUUCCCUGUCUUGGAGGCCUACCCUCAGCUGUCUGAAAACUUGUCCUUGUGAGUGGUUCCAUCCCAGAAUGUAAAGCCAAGCACCUUCCGGUGUCUACUAUAUUUUUCCCGGUUAGGCAACAGAUCCUAAUAGCUUCCUACUUUGAGCAUAGUUCUAUUUAUCUGCUCCACAAGCCUGAAAGUUACAUUUGACUUCCCUAACAGCAGUUCUUUAUAGCAGACUGUGCCAUAGGAGUGGAACUGAUGUAAAACCACAGAAACCAUAACCCAGAAUUUGUUGAAAUCCCUUCCCUUGUUGGAUGUUAAGGCCCAGUAUUCCACUUCCAACUUUCCAGGCCUUCAAGUUUUAGGGGAGGGUGGAAGGAAAGUUGGAAAGGAUUUUUCCAACUGGGGGAGGGUGCAAAAGGUAUAUUCUUCUCAUGAAUCCACCCAAUUAGCGAGCAUUUUGGCAAAUGUUAAACAGCUCUGAACUUGUGAAGUCUGCUUUGAUUCCUGCACACCAGAAACUCAUUUCAGUUAAAGCUACUGUACAUCGGUUUAACUUCGACCCAACUCAUUCUACAAAAACAAUUUCAAAGGGAUAUUUAUAAAAUGGUUUACAACUUACAUUAGGUACUGUUUUCACUUUUCCUGCAGAAUUUGUGAUCAGACAACACAGACUGUUAAAGAUUCAUGUCAUCAAAUUAGACCAUUUUUAGUCAUGUCUCUUGGGACAAAUGUAUUUAAUGUUAAAGAUGCUGCUGUGUAGCAGAAAAGAAUUCCCACAAGUCAGUAGUUUUUCUGCUUCCCUCCACUUUCCUUUAAGUUUUUUCAGAAGUGUUUUAGUAUGUAAGAGUCAGGGCAGAGGGUGGGAAGGCUAAAUAGUUGGGCUUGUGGUCAAAUAAUCUAAUUACGUUGCUGUCUUUUUUCAGCACAAUUGACAGAUUAAUGUAAAUGUGUAAACAAUUCUAUUUAAGUACAUUUGUCAUAUGUAAUGUCUAAAUAGAUCAUGUAAUUGUACAAUUCAAGUGCUGUGAAAUAAAACCUGAUUUUGAUACCCCUA